UUUGUUCCUGAGGCCUCUCAGAUUCUCAGGAGGAAAAAUCCUAAGCAAAUGAUUUUUCAUGAAAAAUGUCUGCGACUCUGGCCUGUACAUCUGGGAGCUUCUCAACAGUUUGGGAAUCCUGACUGUGGCUGGGUUUUCUCUGUAGGGGAUUUGCUGGCUAUCAGGAAUUCAGAAAGGUUGAAGAUUAAAACUUUCUCUGCUAGGACUGUGAGAUGAGCCACGAAGCCAUUUGUGAACCCCACAUACAGUUUCAGCAGGGAGCAGCAGCCUGUCAGAACAGAUGAGCAGUUGCCAACUGGGUUGCUGGAUCCUGCUAUGCCUUUUGUGCCCAUAUAGGGCAUAGAUAUAGAAUAUCUGAAAGAGGAAAAGGUCCCUUCCACCCUGAGAGAGAUGCCAGCCCUGCUCACUGCUUGCUGGUGGGCAGUGGGAGGAGUAGUCAUCUGAUUUCCCCAUAUGGAAUGAUGACACCGCAGGUUCCAGGAUCCUUGUUCCAUCUUUGUCAGCCCAUGUGUCAUUGUUUCUCUUUUUUUUUUUUUUUUCACCUAUGUGUCAUUAAAACAAGCCUUCUCUGCAAUAAGGGUGAGACCAGAAAAAGUGUGAAGCCCGAGCAGUGCUGUGCAUCCUGGCACUGUUCUGUAGUGCUGUUGUUAUUCCCCAGGCUUCACUCACCAGAUUUUGCACACUUCAGGGAUUGCUGAUCUGAAUUGCCUUAAAACAUCUUGGGUUUUGAGUCCUGGUUCUCUGGUGCUGCCUUGGUUUCCUACCCUGCCUUUCCCCACAGCCACAUCGGGAUCCUCUCUCAGAGCAGCAAGGCACUGGAACAUGGAGAGUCCUUGGGCAAUUCUGGGGCACCUCACUGCCACUGGGAUGAGAGCCCGUGUUUACUGUGAAGACUUUCUGUUCCCAAAGGUGCACAGAACUAUGGCAGAGCUGUGGGGGAUUUACUCCAAACCUGUCCCAGCAGACAGCAGAGAGCUAUGCACCUUGUUCCUGCAGUGCUCCUGCAUUACAGCAGUGAUAGGGGGCCUCUUUUACAACUGGAUGUUUGCUUCCCUGGAGUACUCCUGGCCCCUCUCCGUUGCCAUAGCCAUCUCCUUCAGCCUGCUGCUUCUCCUGACUCUCUUUCUGGUGCAUCCUGCCCGUUGUGUCUUCACCAUGAUCAUGCCCACCUUAGGCACCAAGCAGGGCCGGAAGCUUCUCUUCUCCACCUGCAUCAUGAUUGCGGUGGUGAACAUAACACCCAACAUCAUAAGCAACAUUAAAACCAUACUGCAGGUCAUCCAGUGCAUCUGCAAGAACUCCUCUGACAGCCUUCUGAACUCAACUGCCCUGCUGCAGAAAGUUUCCUGGGAGUUUGCAGAUGCAGUCCAAGAAGCCACUCAUCCCAUUUAUAAGCCUAUGAAUGGACAUGUUCACUUUUCAUUGUUGCAGAACAGCUCCUUGAUUUACCAAAAAAUGCACCUUGCUGGUGAGAAAAUUAGCAGAGAGUUCUUGUCUGUUGAGGUACUGGUCAAAGACUCAGUACGAGCAGCCAACAGACUGGCUGCUGGAUUCCUCAUGCUCUAUCUCUGCUUUGAGUCCACCUGGUAUUUGAAAAAUUAUCUCACCAACCUCCGCUUUGACAAUUUUUACAUCACCAAGAAGCUGGAACGUUUAGCCAUGGACAGAAGAGCAGCUCAUCUCCUGGUGGGCUCAUCCAAAAAACUCAUCAGACCAACAGGCUUGAAGCUGACCAGGGAGGAAGCGGUGCUGUGCCUCGUGCAGGCCAUGCUGGUCACCGUGGCCCUGAUGCUGAUGCUGGUGCUGGUGGCCAUGGACCACUUUGCCUUCAGCGUGGCAGACACGGCGGUGAGAAAGGCAGCGCAGUUCUCUGCAGUGCCUGUCACUCUCAGCAUCAAAUACAAGGCUGAAAUGAGAAUCGUCCCCUUUCUAUACAAACUUUUCUGGCGUCCUCCUGAGGCCUUGCUGCUCAGGGACUUCGACAAGACCUACCACCACCAGCUGAUCUUCAGCUCUGCCCAGUGCAGGAUCAGCCCCCCCGGGCCCCCCAGCCCCUCAGUGCUGCUGGUUGUGGGGCUGCUCUUCUGCAUCCUCUACGGCUCCGCGCUGCUGGAGCCCCUGGCGCGCCGUCUGUGCCGCGCCAUUGCCGCCUCCUUCUUCCAGGGCCGCGAGGACGAGCGAGUGCUGCACCUCUACGGGAAACUGGCCAGGAGGCACAGCAAGGAGCAAAGCCCUGCCAAGGGUGCCUGGGGAAGCCAGGGGUAUGGCUGCGUGGCUGGUACCACAGCACGGGCUUCGGCCGCGGGAUCGCGCGGUUCGUUUUCCAGAGUUCGGGAAGUGUUCGGAGCUUGGGAAAAAAUACUAAAAAAACCCCAACAAAGCCUUAAAAAAUCCCAACCCUAAAAAAGAAAAAAAAAAGUUGAAUUGUUAUAUUUUUGCAUUAAUUUGAGGAAAAUGGGCUACAUUUCCAUUUUAAUGUCUAUAAGAAGGUCUGGAAUCAGCUGUUGCAUAUCCGCAGCACUAGGCAAGGCUAACUGAGAAAUAGAUGGGAGUUGGAAUUAGGGAGGAGCUCAUUUACCUUCUCCACCACAUCUGUGCUGGAAGAAGUACAUACUUCCUUUCUUUCAUAAGUUAUACCUUCAGACAACAAAAAUUGAAAGUUGUCUGACUUGAUACAUUUAAUUUUCAAUGAGUUUUUCUUUCAGGUUUUGUGCACAGAAGCCUGGGUAUACCAGAUAAAUUUAGUAGUUUAUUCACCAAAGAAAGUGUCAUUCCAACCUGCUGAAGUAAAUUCAAGAUCAAUAUGACCAUGAGAGGCACACCCUGGGCAUGGGUGGUGGAAAUCAGCAUAUGAGGGUUUUACAAAAUCUCUCCAAAAUGGCUGUUCAAAAUAAAGUAGUGAUAAAAUAGCUGCAGGACCUCAGAAGAGAAUGAGAACAGUCAAUAAAGGUCAAUGGGUGUUGAGCUCUUUUCCCAAGUAAGAAGUGAUAGGAUGAGAGCAAACAGCCUCAAGUUGUGUCAGGAGAGGUUUAGAUUUUAUAUUAGGAAAAAAAUUCUUCAAGGUUUACCAAGCACUGGCACAGGCUGCCCAGAGCAGUGGUAGGGUCACCAUCCCUGGAGGGAUUGAAAUGACACAAAGAUGUGGAAUUGGGGACAUGUAUUAAUGGUCCCUUGGCAGUGGGUUAAUCGUUGGAUUCCAUGGUUUUAAAUGUUGGGCUGUUUCAAGCUCAGAAAAUAUGUUAUUGUAUCUGAAUUAAUAAAUGCAUCACUUGGGCAGCAUCUGAAAUGUGUUAUUUUUCCUAGAGAGGCAGAUUGGACACCUCUGUAGGAGGCAGAGGAGAGGAGAUAAAUCCCUGCCAGGUUAAAAACUAAACAACUUCACAGCUUCAUUUCUUCGAAGCAUAUCUAUUAUUUUCCUCCCUUCUUCCAUUAAAGCCUUCAUUAAGGUAAUUAUUUGACAUAAUGCACCUCAAUGAGAUUAAAUGACAGAAAUGAAGUGGUUGCUGCUGCCAGAUGCACUGAAUUUUCUCAUCUUCUGAGGUACUUGAAACAAGUAUGUUUGGAUUAUAUUUUUUUAAGCACCUAUCUUACAAAACCCUGGUGAAUUCAUCUCCCCAGGGUUUUUAAUGCCCUGUUGUUCUGAUGGUUAAUCCAAGCAUCUUUGUGCCUCUACAGCAGCUGGGGGCUUUGUCAUGGUGUUUCUGUAGAAAAUGCCCUGUGCUCUAUGGUUUGGGUGAAAGCAAAAAGAUUUCCACUGAAUAGCUGAAAUUAUCUGGAGCUGGGGUUCAAACAGCUGGGAGGAGAGAAGCCUUCAGACAGCAAACCAUCCCAGCAACAUGCUGUCUUCCAACAAAAACAACUUGAAAAGGAGUUUUUCCUCAGAAGACUUAUCUUUUUGACAUCAGCCAUGUUGUCCCUGGUGCUGAAUUGGGCUGUAUUUAAUGUUUUCCCCAGACAGGGGAACUGGCAGGAGGCAGAGCUGCUGGAAAUUGCUCUGCCCUCCUGAGAGGCAUUGUUCCUCAGCCAGAUAAAGGUGUGACAAAACAGAAAACAUUGCCAUUAUAAAGCUGUAUUGCCCACUGGAGGGGUGAGCUGCCUUACCAAGGUUUGCUUGAUGGUGCAAGAGAGAAACGCUGAGCAGAUUAACCAGCAGGAAACGUUAAUUUAUUCACAUAUUUUUUAUUAAGUAGAACCAAUGUACAAGUCUGGUUAUUUGCUAAGGGAUUUUCAUCCCUCAGAGCCCUUCUACACUCACACCCUCACUCCUGCUCAUCAGGGCCGUCAUUGCCUUUGUUUUCAAGCCCCUGAAGCCCCUGAUUCCCUUGGAAUUUUGUUGUGUAUUUUAGUGAAGGAAUGGAGGUGAACUGACUCCAUUUCCUCAUGUAUAUUAGGUAAAAUAAAUGUUAAGUUCUUUUUAUGGCUGGCUGUAAGUCAAGAAUGAAUGCCCUUAAUAUACUGAGGUGCAAGUGUAAAUAAUCCAGCUCAGACAGACUCUAGGAAACAUCUCAUUCAUAGCCACAAAUCUGCAUCUAUCACAACAGACAGGCAAGCAAACAAAAAACCUUUCUCCAGAAGUAUUUUGUGAUUUUUAAGCAAACUCCAUUUUUAUUUUGUUUAUCCUAUCUAUAUUAUUUGCACUGCAAUUGCAAUGGAGAAGAGACACUUCCGUGCACCAAAUUUUAGAAAAGGAAAUAUUACUGAACAUUAAUAAUAGCAAAAAGCUACUUCAUCAGGUGUGCAGAAUGUGCUGUACCAAGUACUUGUUGUUACAGAAUUAUGGUGUUGACAUUCAGAUGUCACAGAAUAUGAAAUAACCCAUAAUUACAGUCUAA